AUGCGCCGCACACAGGACUUAGUAAAGAACGGUUUAGUGAAACUGAGAAACCAACAGGACGUCAAGGAUACUGAAGAUCCGGAGCUUCAAUGCCCAUCCAAUAUCGACAUUAGUGUGACCCAGGAUAUAACUGGCCAAGUGGUCACCUGGCCGACACCAAAUGCAACUAACAGCUCCGGGGGUGUCACUGUCAUCUCGUACCCGGAGUCUGGGGCAACAUUCCAGGCAUCAGUGUCUGGGCAAAAUGACACAGUGACUGUCAUGGCUGCCGAUGCUUACGGAAACUCUUUUAAUUGUACCUUCCUCGUAAAUGUCCGAUAUGAUGUUCCACCAGUGCUGACUUGCCCCGAUGUCAGUCAAGAAACAGCACCUGGUGAAAGCUUUGCCACAGUUACAUGGCCAGAUGUAGUUAUUACUGAUGACUAUACUAGUGACUCAGCGCUAGUGAUCACCAGGUCCCACGGGUCAAUGAUUGCCAACUUGCAGUACGAUGCCGACCCGGUAAUCGUCACCAUAACAGCACAAGAUGAGCUGGGUAACAUAGGGAGAUGCACAUUCACUGUUGAUGUUGUAGACACGGAGAAACCAGUGUGGUCAGCGUGUCCCGCGAAUGUUACUGAAAUGGCCGAAUUAGGAACUAAAUCCAAAGUUGUACGUUGGGGACUACCUUCUGUUAGUGAUAACUCAGGCAAGGAUCCCAUCGGGACUAACAACCCUCCUGCCUCUCAGCUCUUCUCGGGAGGUACUUGGCAUAUGGUCUAUACAGCUACUGAUGACUCCGGUAAUACUGGAACAUGCGAGUUCUACGUCACUGUGAUUGUCGACGAUGAUGUGCCUGAAUUCACCAACUGUCCGACGAGUCAAGUGAGAUUUAACUCGGACGCGAACACCAACUCAGCCGUAGUCGACUGGGGUGAUAUCACUGCUACAGACAACUCUGGGACCCCCACCAUUACAUCCAACUAUGCUAGGAAUCAGCGUCUUGACAUCGGAUCAUACGACUUGGUGUACCAAGCUCGAGAUAUCCAUGGCAAUGUAGCAUUCUGCAGAUUCAACGUCUUAGUGAUUGAUACUGAGGCCCCAGGAUUUGUUGCCUGCCCCGAUUCGUUCAGUGUAUUCAUUCUCGGCUCACAGCCUUCGGUCAGAGUCUCGUGGACGGAACCAACGUUCAUGGACAACUCCAUACAGGGUACCGUCACAGCAAUGCCAUCACCCGGCAGUAGUCCACCAGGAUCACAAUUGGCUCCUGGCGAACAUCUCAUUGAAUACAUGGCAAUGGAUGCCCAAGGAAACACUGCCUCCACCUGCUCAUUCACUGUCAAUGUCAUAGUUCAGACAGAUACCAUUGAACUGGAUGGUGAACUCCUGCUUGACAUCGUGCAUGGAAUCGAUGGCCAAUUCACCCCUACGAUAGCUCGUCUACAAAGCCUGCGGGACGACCUCGACGAUCUCUUUAGAAUCUCCUCUAGCUUAGCUCCAAAUUUUGUGGGAAUAGAAAUGCCUGCAUCAAUUUUUGAUGCGUCCAGUAACUUCAAGAUCCAGUUCCGUCUUCAUUUUAGUAAUCCGUCGUACUACAAUGAAGAAGAAAUUAAGCAAGCAUUUUACUCGGCUCUUACUGACAAUCUUAAUUUUGCCACCACCAAUACGAUUGUACCUGAGUCAUUCAAUUUAGGUGUAAGGGAAUUCCGCGGCCAGAUUACCCUGAGGCGAAUUGUAUCUUCACCAACAACUGAGGUGGACUUUGUUACCUGUUGCGGAGAUCCAACAAGUACUCAAUAUCUUGCUUUGGAAGCAAGAAUUCAUGAAAACCUGUGGUCAACCUUUAGGGGCUUGGGGAACUUCAGGAUGGUAAAGUCACUUCGGUUUAGAUCCGGCAGCGUCGUUGUACCAUUCACAGUAACACUUAGUGAUGGUUCAACGGCAACCACCCAACAUGCUGAUACUUUCUUUGCCAAUGCCAUUGAUGGGUCUUCCCUGGAGUGGAUGCCGGGUGGAGUGUCAUCAGAGCUUUUUCUUGAAACCGUUUCACCACCCAAUGUACUUCCAAUCACAGAGGUUUGCCCUUCUUCAUUCGAAUGUUUAUCAAAUGGAGGAACAUGUACUGUCAAUUAUUAUAAUGAUGUAUUUGACCACGUAUGCAGGUAUGAUUGUUAAACCAACAACAGUUUUGUGUGCCUAUAAGGGGGAAA